CUAGUGAACUGCAGUUUUCUAUCCUGCUCUGUGCUGCGUUGCCUGUGUUGCCUGCGUCUCUCAAUGUGCUCCCGGCCUAACUCCCGCUCAAAUCUAGGGCAACGGCUAACUACAUUUACUUAGUCGUAUCGCUACCCGCAGCAACAGGUGCAAUGGUGAAUUCGGAUCUAAGGGAAAACGGAGGAAAUGAGGAAAGCGCUUGCCCAACAAAGGGCGGAGCAUACUUCCCGCAUGCGUGCCCUUCCCAAAUUCUCAACCGAAAGAGCAGAAUAAUUCUCAAGCAUUUGGUCCGCUGAGACCUCAGUCAAUUCGUCGAGGAGAAUUCAUCAUCAAUACUCCACUACAACCUUCACCUCGGGUUAACGAACUUUUGGAUGGCAUUAACGAACCCGCUGACGCUGGAAACCCGACGAGUCCCCCUUCUUGGUUAGACAAGGAGUUGUUCGACAGAGGCCGCGAAUUCUACAGACGCUACCUUUUCUGUCUGAGCUGCGCCGACCUCCUGUCGCUGCUCCUCAUGCUCAGCAACUCUCGAGCGCUCAAGCCUCUCAUCUUCACCGGGAGAUCGGACACGAACGACAAGGCCAUGAGGCGGUACUUCUCCACGCUCCUUCACGUCAUGACCUGGUACGAGGGGGACGUGUGGGACCCGAACGACCCAGCUCACAAGGAUGUGCUCUCUAUCCGCUCUAUACACAACAAAGUGGCGCAGCUCGUCAAUUCCUCCAGAAACCAUGAAAAAGUCAAGAACAUCAAGGUCACUGACAAGGGGCAUGUGGAACCCGAAUGCCCGUACUACCCUUCCAUUAGAGAGGACAUGCGACGCGUGGCUGAAAAUGCUCUCGACCAUCAGGAGUCCAGCCAACCACUGACGUACCUGAACCAACUGGACAUGAGUCUCACCCAGUACUCGUUCUUUGGGCUUCUGGUUGCCCAUCCCAAAAAACUGGGAGCAGGGGCAGCUACAGAAGAAGAAUUCGAGGGCCUCAUUCAUUUUUGGAGAGGCAUAGGCUGGUUGCUGGGGAUUGAUGACAAAUAUAAUUUCUGCAGUGGCAACUUGGCUGAGACGAGGGCACUCUGCCUGGAAGUCGAGAAGUUCUUUGCCAUUCCCUGGCUAGCAUCAGCUGACUGGGAUCACGAACACAUGACUACCUGUAUCAUGUCGGGUAUGAAUACCCUGAUAUUUGGUCUCUCUUUCCCAUCCAUGUUCCGGUACCUCACUCACGUCUUGGACGUCCCGGCGCCCGAAUUCGAGAGCAGAUUGUCCUUUGUUCACACUCUUCAGUACUGGCUGCUAAGAUUUGUGUUUGCGCUUAUUCUGGUGAUCCCCAGUCUCGUGAUCAUUCUGAAUCGUUUGUUCAAAAAUCUUGUUGAGAUGGUACAAAACGAGUCUAACAAACCAAAGAGCACAGACAAGCAGGAUUGUUAAGAAUGUUUAUACGUGAUAGAGUUUAUAUGACUGAGUCGAUACAAAGUCUGUUUGCAUGCAAUUUAGAUUAAUAUUAGAAUUCAUUAUGUACACCCAUGAUAUUAUGACAUAACAUAUCCUGGCUGCUCUAGGAAAAAGUGUCAGAGGCUCAUAGUCUGAGGCAACAUGACAUAAUAUCCAUAGCCCUGACUCUCCGCCAUAUUUGAAAAAAAAAAAGAAAAGAAAAAAAGAAAAUAAUUUAAAAAGUGCCUUGAAACUACGUUGCUACGCAUUAAGUGAAUCAGCUUGUGGUAGAAGGGUAUAGCGUUGGCAUCGAAGACUUAAAACAAUGAGGAAAAGAGUUUUCAAGUGAAGACAAGGACAUGAAGUAAUACCAAUCAUAGAUAUGUGAUACCAACUACCAGGCCCACUGACUGAAUGGCAUAUACUGCAUUGAAGAGGCUGAAGGGACCCUGAAAUAAUUGCUGUGGUUGACAGAACGGAGGCAAAUUCUGUUCGCAUUAGCAACGACAAGAAAGAAAAAACCUCCUUCAAGACGAGGGCCAAAGGCAUCAUACUUUUUGGGGUCACAGAGUUUCACCUUGACAAAUGUAGACUUUGACUUUUUGGUUCAACUCAAGUUUUACGCUGCAUGUUGAAUACCCAUUAAGCAUACUGCCUCAGAGCCAUCCUAGAAGGACUAAAGGUCAAAGCCCUCCUAGAGGGGUUAAUGGUCUGUGUUAGAAAGAAACUUUGAAACAACUUCUUCGAAACUCACAGUUAUCUGAACCUAUCUAGGCCAACAACAAUUGGUCAGCUGACGUUUAUAUAGUGAGAUGAUUAAUUUAUAAUUAAAUAUAAAUAUCCUUUGUAUAAUAUGUGUAUAUAUCAAGAGUUACCAGAAUUUUUGAAUGUUUUGCAAUAAAGAUCUUAGGGGCUUUUUAUUUUCCUCAGUAAUCUUAUGUUUUACGAGUAUUCCUGAAAGUAGUCAUUAGCAUGAUCGUUACAAAAAUUUACCUGUAAAGCAAUGCUCUUAUCCCACGUAAUUCUAAGAAAGCUAAUUCAAGAAUAUGAUCAAUUAAUUUCCCCAUACUGAUGGUUCAUCGAGCCGUCCCUGAGCUUUUUAUGUUAAGGCCAGUGCGUUCUGACACUUUCCCAGUCACAUUCCAUCAGUUCAUGAUUUUCUAAGGUUUUUCUUGAUAACUAGGUUUUCACCAAAGUACUUGUUUCAGGUAAAACUUGAAGACUGCUACCUACCUAUCGCGGCCUCGUUCCCACUAGGUGGAGACCGUUAUACUUGCCGCCACUUGCUUAUGAUUUUGUUUAUGUCAGUUGUUUGUGUUUAUGAAAUUUACCAUUUUUUGUUAAUGUCUUUACAUUUAUCCCCAAAGACCAGGUGCUAAACACAGCGCGCAAUUUACACGUAAACUGGUAAUUGCAGAAUCAGGUUUAGUAAAGCUAUCCAAUAACAAGUUGUAGAAAAUGUAUCUUGAACUUUUAAAAUAAAGAAAACGUAUCCUUUAA